AUGGAAGACAGCAUUGCAAAAUUGCAGAGAAGGAUACAGGAUAAGAUCCACAAUGUGUUGCUGUCACCUCACAACAUCCCAGAAGUAUCAAAAAGAAUUCCUCUGCAGCAGCUUGCUCUUGAACAGCAGCAAGCAAUGAUGAAGGAGGAUGCAGAAAGUGCAUAUUUUAUAUCAAAACUUCCAGAUUUGACUCCCUUACAUGAUACAUUAUUCUACCUCAACUUGUCUUUUAAUGAAUUCUGGCAAUUUCCUGCAGAGGUGUACAGACUAGUACAUUUGGAAUUCCUUAAAUUUAGAAACAACCCCAUCAGAGACCUUCCAUUUGGCAUCCACAACAUGAAGAAGCUCCGAACAUUGAUAGUGUCAUUUUGCUCCUUGUCUUCUCUGCCAGAUGGACUGUUUCUUCUGCCGUACCUGCAGGUGCUGGAUGUGUCCUAUAACAACAUUACUUCAAUUCCAAAUGAUAUCUCCAAUCUUAGAGCCCUGGAGUUCCUGAAUGUAGAAGGAAAUAGCUUGCCAGCAUUACCUUGUGGAGCACUGAAACUAAAGCUUAAACAGCUACGUGUGGGCAACAAUCGAAUGCACCCCCUGUUCUGGAGAGAGAACACGCACAUUCAACCACAACGCCUACUUGACUUGGCUGCAAUGGCUUUUGCCAAAAACAACAUGUUUCGCUACUUUGCCGACAUUCCCAUUGAAGCCAAAGAAAUACUCCUCAAGGUUAAAGUAUGCGACUGCUGCAGAGAAGCCCUGUCAGGGGAAGGCCUGCGCUUUAUCCGACCUUGCGAAAAGAUCUUUGGGAUCCGCAAGCUUCCAUUUAUGUUUCACGCCUGCUCACCAUCCUGUUACAGAAGCUUUAUGAGCCAGACAGAAUCUCUUACUAAGCAUCUCUAUGAAAGCUAAUAACUAAUAUUGGUGUUUUAAGUACUGA